UCGGUACGUACAGGAGAGGAGUGUGGAGGGCGUGACAGUGAUCGGUACGUACAGGAGAGGAGUGUGGGGGUUGUGACAGUGAUCGGUACGUACAGGAGAGGAGUGUGGAGGUGUGACAGUGAUCGGUACGUACAGGAGAGGAGUGUGGAGGGUGUGACAGUGAUCGGUACGUACAGGAGAGGAGUGUGGAGGGUGUGACAGUGAUCGGUACGUACAGGAGAGGAGUGUGGAGGGUGUGACAGUGAUCGGUAUGUACAGGAGAGGAGUGCGGGGGGUGUGACAGUGAUCGGUACGUACAGGAGAGGAGUGUGGAGGGUGUGACAGUGAUCGGUACGUACAGGAGAGGAGUGUGGGGGGUGUGACAGUGGGCAGUACGUACAGGAGAGGAGUGUGGAGGGUGUGACAGUGAUCGGUACGUACAGGAGAGGAGUGUGGGGGGUGUGACAGUGGGCAGUACGUACAGGAGAGGAGUGUGGAGGUGUGACACAGUGAUCG